AAUAAUAUGUGACAUUUUAAACUUCAUUAACAUAAUAUUUUUUAUUAAAAACUGAUGUAACAAAUUAAAUCUUUGAAAAUAUGAACGGACGAUUACGACUUAACUAAACUAUCCAAAAUAAAUGGCUCUCAAAUCCAUUUAUUUGAUCUAAUUCUAUUCCGGGCUGUUUUGAUUUGCAAGUCGCUAAUCGAGAUGGAUGACAAUGAAGGAUAUGAGCGUGAUGAAUUAGAUGACAUGAUAGAUGGAAGUGAUAGCGAAACAUCAAUGUCAAGAUCAACGACAGCUUCAAGCAUAGCUUCUAGCAUGUACGAUAAAUGCCAUUUCGUGCUUGAACUUCACGAUCUACAGAAAGACAAACAAACAGUAGAUAAACGCCCGGAUUCAAGGGUUAAGAAGUUAAAGAAGAAAACCAAAAGUCCAGCUCCAAAUAAGAAAUCUGAGAGCAGCGAUUCCAGUGGAAAUGAUGAUUAUACUCUAACAACAUCACAUGUGUCUAAGGAACAAUUCUUUGACGCUCGUGAGAGUUACUACGGUCUGCCUGCCAAAGACCCUAAUCGAAAUCAAAAUGCAACAGAUGUUGAUAAAUUAAAGGAAAUUAAUGUAAUAACAGAACACGCAGAUCAUCCUUAUUUACCUCAAAUAGGCAUAAAGAUUCCAGAGUCCAUCGAAAAAGAAAAAAAUAAAUCCGAUGAUAUCAAGCAAGCAACGAAUGUAAGGAGAUAAAUAUGAGAUAAUUCAAUCAUAGGAAAGUCACAAUAGAAACCAACAUUUAAAGAAGCCAUCAUGUGGAACAGUACUCACUAAAUCUUAAAUUGUCAAACUUUAAUUCAAAUUGAAACAUAUAUUUAAAUUCAAUAAAUAAGAAACAACAAAAUCAA